AAUUGCGUUGUUCGGAUUGACCAAAACUGACCUGUGCCAUUUUCAUUCAGUAAUCAUCAAUCGUGACAAUUGCAAUUUUAGUCGGUGUUUAAACGGUUAGGUAUAUAUACGUUUUUUUCUUACACUAUCACGAAAGAAACAUGACGUCCGUUUUAUGUCCCGAACCACCGCUCCCAGGAUUUUCGUUUGAUAAUUGUAAACGCAAUAGUUUACUAGAAAAGAAAGGGUUGCAGCUUCCGAAAGCUACAAAGACUGGUACGACUAUUGUUGGCAUUAUCUAUAAAAAUGGGGUUAUCCUUGGAGCUGAUACCAGAGCCACAGAGGAUACCACGGUCGCCGAUAAAAACUGCGAGAAAAUCCACUACUUAGCUCCGAACAUGUAUUGUUGUGGAGCUGGUACCGCAGCUGACACAGAACAGACUACCCAUAUGAUAGCUUCUCAACUCGAAUUACACCGAUUGUACACCAAUCGCGUCGUACGAGUGGCAACAGCAAAUCAAAUGUUGAAACAAUAUCUGUUUCGUUAUCAAGGCUACAUAGGGGCUGCACUUGUUUUGGGUGGGGUAGAUUCUACAGGACCCCACCUUUACAGUAUUUAUCCUCACGGUUCCACUGACAAAUUACCAUAUAUAACUAUGGGGUCCGGAUCUUUGGCAGCAAUGGCCGUUUUCGAAUCGCGGUGGAAACCCGAUUUGGAAGAAGAAGAGGGAGUUCAAUUGGUUAGAGAUGCAAUUGCUGCUGGUAUCUUCAAUGAUUUGGGUUCUGGCUCAAAUGUAGACAUUUGCAUAAUUCGGGAGGGGGGAGUUGAUUAUAAGAGAACAUACGAUGAGGCUAAUAAAAAAGGCAAAAAGCAGACUUCCUACCGUUAUCCAAAAGGAGCCACCGCAGUUUUGACAACUAAAGUUGUCGACAUUGAAGAUGUGUGUGUCAAAAGAGUUGAACCCGAGCAGAUGGAAAUUGUUUAAUUUUUUUUUAAUUCAAUAAAUGAAUCACAAUUUUGUAAAA